CCAAAACGAUAAAGCCACAAAUUAUACUAAUUCAAUGAUAAUUAACGCUGUCCUAUUUUCCAUGGCAUUGGCCAAGGGAGAGAGAAAGUGAGUGCAUUACUGAAUAGCUGCUCCUGCUUGAUAAAUAGAAAGGAGAGGAGAGAGAGAGCGGCGCUGGACGUCAUGGCAUCGAAAGACACCGUCGCGGCUGGUUUUCUCCCCGUGACCCGGGAAAUGACAGAGAGCAUCAGACGUUAUAUCGACAAAACAUCAAUCAAGCUUGUGAGAGCUAUCAAGGUGGAGAACAAAAGUGGCAAAUCAGAAGAUCGGAUUCUGGUUCUGGCAACAUGGCGGCUGUACCUCAUGUUCCCGAAGAUACCAACAAAGGUGGAACAAACAUUCAACUUCCUGGAGAUUCGGGCAAUGAAUGCCCACCCGGAUAAUCAGGUUGUCAUAGAAACAGACAAGUCCACAUAUUCCCUGAGGCUGCAAUCUAAUGACCACCUGGAUCAGCUGAUUAGCCAAAUCAACUUUGCGCUCUCUCGGAUCUUCAACAACUCCAUCUACACACCCUCUAUAUUUAAUGCAGAUGGAGAAGUUACAGAUGGAAGUAGGAAAAUCUCUCCAAGCUCUGAGAGUUCGGUGGAGAACCAAAGGGCAUGUGGGGGUUUCUCAGAGACCUAUGCGGCUCUGUGUGACUACAAUGGCAUCACCUGUAAAGAGGAAGUGCAGUGGGAUGUGGACACCAUUUAUCAUUCGCAGGACAACAGACAGUUUAACCUGCUGGACUUCAGUCACCUGGAAAGCGGGGACCUUGCAGUGAUUGUGGCUGCCAUGGCUUAUAACUCAUGGUUCACCAAACUUUAUUGCAAAGACUUGCGCAUUAGUUCAGAGGUCGUGGAGCAGAUUUUGCACACUGUCAGUAAAUCCAGCAGUUUGGAGGAGCUCACAUUGGAAAAUGCAGGCCUUAAAGCAGAUUUCCCACAGAAAAUGGCCACUGCCCUGUCAGAAAACCCAGCAUCAGUCAUACACUCUAUUAACCUGGCCCACAAUACACUGGACAACCAAGGAGUGUCUAACCUUAUCCAGCAGGUGUGUCGGCUCAGUAAAGGUUUGCGUCUGUUGAACCUCUCCAAGACGUCGCUUUCUUCAAAGGGUGUUACGUCUCUGUCUCAGGCUCUGUGCUCCAGUGAUGAUUACUCCAACUCACUUCUGCAUCUUGACCUGAGCAAGAACCCAGGGAUUCUGUCUGGGGAGGAUGCAACGAAUCUGUACUUGUUCCUGGCACAGCCGAACUGCCUUGUGCAUUUGGACCUGUCAGGUACUGACUGUACCGUAGACUCGUUAUUUGGAGCUCUACUGCGGGGAUGCUGUGCUGAUCUUUCCUACUUGAACCUCUCCAAAAACUCCUUCUCUCAUAGGAAAGCAAGAGAGACACUUCCUUCCUUUCGUCAGUUCUUCAGUUCAGCGUUCAGCCUCAAUCACAUCAGUCUGGCUUCGAUGAAGAUGCCUCCUGACGUGCUGAGGGCUCUUUUCCUUGGGCUUUCAUCCAAUCCCCACAUCACUGACCUACACUUGGACAUCAGUGGCUGUGAGCUAAGGUCCGCUGGAGCAGGUAUAAUACGGGACCUGUUCCCUCGAGUCUCCUGCAUUAGCACAUUAGACAUCUCAGACAACGGGCUGGAUGCUGAUCUGCUCUCUGUCAUUCCUACCUUCUCUAGACACCCAUCCCUCAAACACCUGCUGCUGGGCAAGAACUUCAACAUCAAGGGGAGGGUUCUGGACGAGGUUCUGCAGAAACUAGUGCAGCUUGUGCAGGAGGAAGAGUGUGCCCUGCAGAGUCUGUCUCUGGCUGACUCCAGGCUGCGUUCGAGGGGCACAGUGCUCGUGAAUGCUCUCGGCAGCAAUGCCUGUCUAAAGAAGGUAGAUUUGAGUGGGAACGGAAUGGAGGACACAGGAGCGAGGAUGCUAAGUAAAGCCCUGCAGAUCAACACCACGCUCAGAAGUGUGACGUGGGAUCGAAAUAACACAUCAGCCACAGGUUUCCAAGAUGUUGCGCGAGCACUGGAACAUAACUUCACCCUGCAGUACAUGCCAAUCCCACUCAGUGAUGUCACACAGGCGUAUCGCAGCGCCCCCGAUAGGACAGAACAGGCACUAACCAAGAUACAGCGGGCUCUGUUAAGGAAUAACCAGACACAGCGUUUCUCUCAGAAACAGGCUCUCCGAUUGCAUCAGGGUCUGGUCACCAGUACCGCAGAACAGGUAAUGGAGCGUCUGUGUGUGCGUGUGCAGCAGCAGGUGUGUGUGUUGAGAGGAACAGGUGAAGGGGAGGAGCUACAGUCUGCCAGACAGGUCCUCAAGGAGGCUAGGAAUUCUCGAGCUCUGUACCCAUCUCUGUGUGAGCUCGCCCAUGUGCUGUCAGUGGAUGGGCCAGUGAGACAGAGACUGGAUUCGCUGGCUGGAGAACUGGCCAAGGCUGCUGAUAAAGAACUGCAGGUAAUCGUGGACUCUAUGGUGUCUCUGUGCCGGGAACUGUGUCCACUUUCAUGUGCCGCUGCAGAGUGUAUCUCUCCUCCACUCUCCUCCAUCUCUGAGCGUGUAUCCAUCCCUCGUUCGUCCAUCCGCACAGCGCUCAUGGAGAGAGCGGCUCAGGACAUCAACAGAGCUCUGGAGGAGGUGAAGCUGUCUGUGGUCUCCUAUCUCACCAACUCUAUAGUGGACCAGAUCCUGCAGGAACUCUAUGCUACACACAAAACUCUGCUCCGGCAAAUUUCACAGAUGAGACGGCUGGAAGAUGGAGGAACGGCCAGACGUGCACACAGACACACCGACAUACUGGACAUGGUGGAGGAUGACUUUGGCAUCAGCAUAGACACUAUUGCAAUUAAGAAACGCAGCUCAAGGACAAGACGCAUCCGUCCUGUGUCCAACAGACUCAGUCUAGGUGAUGACCCUAACUCCUCCCCUUUAGUCUCCACUCCUCAGCCAUCUGCUCCCCUUUCACGCUCAGCAUCAUGGGAAGGUCUGGCCACCCUGCCUACCCAGGGUUCACCUCUGCGUCAUGUGACUCACGUCAGACCCCGUCCACCACGAAGGCACAGGACUGCACAUGCUACCUUUGAGACACACUGCUCUGAAAAUGGUGGAGUAUCUCUACUGGAUGAUGGAUUGCCUGACUUCUACACAAAAAGAGUUUUACCAGACAGCAGUCAGCUCUCCUCCCACCAUCAUGCUCAGGCUUUGAGAAGAAAGAAGAGACGCAGUGUGCUGUCAAUCUUUUCUGGAUUCAGGAAGAACCGAAACUCUACCAUAUCUUAUCAGGAGCCAGAUCCUACAGGAAGAGGCGGGGCCUGCGGGGACGAAUGUCGCACUAAUACUGCCACUGAGAAUGUGUACUCCUUGAUUCAGCACCCAAAGAAUCGUGGAAGAUUAGACCCAGGCACUGAGAGCACCAAUGGGAGGCCGGUAGGGCAGGGUGUCCAGAGGACCCCUCAGAUGUCAGGAUGGCCCAUUCAGGGUAUACCCCUUCCCAGCAUGAUGGGGAUCAGUCCUUCCUGUUUCUCACAUAGACAGUCUUCUGAUUACAGUGAGGUGUUCGGCUCUUCUGAGGAGAUUGGAUAUCAUGAACAUGAGAUUGACCGACACUCCGAUAUUGUGGCUAAAGCGCACACACCAUCAACAGACAGACACACAGAGUCAGGGAGACAGGUGUCGCAGUCAGACAGCCACAAAAAGGCAGACAGUAUAACUGACUUUCAGCAGCUGGAGACCAGAAAGAGACCUGAACCACCACCCCAAAACGCCAAACCAAGCCUGGCGAAGACACGACAACGCCAUCUGGAAGAGAGCUCUGAUAAAUCUACUGAAGAUUCUGGGGAACAGAGAGAAAGGGAUGAAGAAAAAGAAGAGAGGAGGACUGAAGAUGAGCAGAAAGACAAAAAACCAGAAGGACAGACUCCACCUAUUCCUGAAAAGCCAUUUUAUUAUUCACCUCACAUGUCUCCCAUUGGACCCCCACCACAUGACGUGGCCAAUGAGAAUCAGCACCCAGCUGCUCCACCCAUUUCUGCUAAGCCUAUGUUUCAUUCUGCUUCAAUAGACUCUGCUGUACUUCAAGGUGAAGAGAUCAGGAGCAGCCCUGGAGGUCCCAUGAAGCCACACAGAAACAGGAAAGCAAACUCUUGUGACACAGGUAUGGAACAAGACACCCGCUGUGAUCUGGAAAGAUCCUCAGAUCGCAAACCCCCUGUGAAAAAACCUAGACUCCCUCCAAAAAGAAAUAAAUCUUUGGAUUUCCCUGGCCAUCAGAGUUUGGAGCCAAGCAAGGCUGAAGUAUCCUGACAACCAUUUGAGCUAAAGCUCUGGGAGAACAGACGGUCAUUGUGAUGCUGAGAGGAGAGAGAGGGAGAGAUAAAGAUAUGAUCAAAAAAUGAAUUUUCAUAUUGUCAUUUUACCACUCGUAACAGACACAUACACAAACUGUACACAUAUUCUUGCUUACUCAAGUGAAUUGUUUUGCUUUCCUUCCAGGUCCUGCACUUCUACUGUAGAUCAGUUUUUAUUUAACCAUCUUUCUUAACCUCUGCGUAAAGGGAUAGUUUACCCAGAAUUCUAAAAUGACAUCAUAAUUAAUGGAGUUAAUUAACAGAGGUUCGGAAGUAGCAUGUUAAUUUUAAUCUGACAAAUCACAUCCCGCGAGUAGGAGUAUAUAAACCGCUGCUUACCUGCUUCCUGUUCUCUAGAUUAUCUGCCAAGUCUCGAGCUCCAAGCCCUCCAGUAUUCGGAUAGCAAGCCAAAUAUGUUUACCACGUCCACACAAGAUUACAUUAACAUAUGAACUACUGAAAAAAAUUCUCACCCUCCUGUUGAUCUGAACCCAUAUAACUUUCUUUCUGCUGUGGAACACAAAAGGAGAGUUUUAAAGAAUGUACAUGCUAUUCUUCCCCCCCAUAUAAUGAAAGUAGAUGGGGACUCUGGCUCAAGCUCCAGAAAAAGUAUUAUAAAAGCAUAAUAAAGUAGUCCAUAUGACUCAUGAAAUAUGAUAAGUCUUCAGAAGCCAUUCAAUAGCUUUGUGUGAGGAGCAGACUGAAAUUUAUUCACUAGAAAUCUUGCCUUGAAAAACUUUUUGAGAGUCGUGGUCACUUUUCCAGCAGCUUGGAUUCUGCUAUAAAAUUUCCUUUUGUCUCCAGGAGAGAUAGUCGUAGGGGUUUCGAAAGACACAAGGGUGAGUAAAUGAUUACAGAAUUUUCAUUUUGAAUAAACUGUCCAUGUUACUAUCAUUCCUUUAUUUCAAUCUCUCUCCCUCUGAGCUUGCUGACAAUCUUUGACAUAACUGAAAUUUUGCUUUUUAUCUUUAAAAGGACAGAGUGAUAUUUUGUAAAGUAUAAAAUAUAAACAAAAAUAUUUGCACUAAUCAUCGCUUGAAUUCUUGUUCCAUUCGGUGACGGUACCCCCACCCCAACAUUACCUGUGUGAAGUUUUGUAGUGUACAACUAACUUAUUCUUAUCGUUUCUGUCGAUACACAAUCAAUAUCAUUAGCAGUACUACUGAUGUCAUGAUCAGGCAUUGUUUAUGCAACUGGAUAUAUGUUUAAGAGUUUGCUGGCCCUAAAUAAGCUUUAUUUUCUACUA